ACCCUGCGACCUCAUAUGAGGACAUUACAUUUUUGCCUCUUGACACAAUGAUAGUCAAUUUUGUAAAUCUUAGACCUGUUGGUCACAUUUAGGGACACUGCCCACACCAUCUUGUGGUGAUAUCACAACAUUACACCACUGUCAGUGAGAGCAAAAUGUCUGGAAUAUCAGCAAAAAACUUCUACCCCAGUUCCCGAAAGAAAAAUGACCCAGCGAAACUUUCAUUGUCAAGAGCAGAACAAUUGCUCAUGGCAAUUGCAAACAACUCUGAGGUGGAGGACCUCUCAGAUGGGGAAGAUAAUGAUCCUGCUGUGGACGAAGUCAUUUUACAAGAUGUUGACCUCAUGGAUGAGCAUCCUGAUUUUUCGCCACCUGAUUCAGGAGAUGAUUCCGGUGAAGAGUACACACCACCUGAUGCAGCUGAAGAUACUGACUCUGAGAAUGAAAGUCAGCCAAAUCAUCCACAAGUGCACAGACGUGGACGUAAACAACAGCAUAUUGAGAAUGAUGAGCUGGAUGAGGAAGAUCAGAGACAUGGAGAGCCCAGACCAGAACCAAGGAAUGCUGGACGUGGAGAACGCUGGCGGUCUGCUCCAUUUAGACCAAAUUUGGUCCAGUUUCAGGAUGGAGAUGAUGGACUGAAAGAUGAGCGAACAGGUUGGCAGCCACUGGAUUAUGUGGAGCAGUACAUUGACUCAGACCUGAUGAAACUCAUUGCUGACUGCACAAAUGCCAUGUCACUGGGUAACAGUGGGAGAUCUCUCUCAACUUCGGUAGAUGAGAUUUAUCACUUUUUUGGAGCAGCAAUCUUGAUGUCUUGCGUGCCUUAUCCACAGAUAAGGAUGUUUUGGUCCAAUGCCCUACAAAUCCCCGCCAUUAGUAACACAAUGUCACGUGAUCGCUUCUUCAAACUUAGGAGCCAUCUGAAAGUAGUUAUCGACUAUGAUGUAUCAGAAGAUAAGAGGGAAACCGACAAAUUCUGGAAGGUGAGGCCUUUUAUGGACCGUAUACUUACCGGCUGCCGCCUUCAGGUUCGUCCAAAAUGCGUCUCAAUAGACGAGCAGAUGAUCCCGUUUACAGGGGCCUGUCCAUUCCGACAAUACGUGCCACUAAAGCCAAAUCCAGUGGGAAUGAAGAACUUUGUGCUGGCAUCUGUGGAUGGACUCGUGCUAGACUUUGAAGUCUAUCAAGUUGACCACAUGCUGAAGGAUGAUAUUUAUCUUACUGGUACAGUGAUGAAGGGCCGAGUCAAACAAGCAAUGAACAAGUUACCCGAUGACAAAACCCUGAAACACCAAGGGAGAGGUGCCGUCUCCACAGUAACCAGGGCAGAUGGGAAACUAUGCGUGGUCAAGUGGUACGACAACAAGCCAGUUGUGAUGCUCUCCACUGUUCACUCAGAGCAGCCAGAAGAUACUUGCCAGCGGUGGUCCAAGAAGGGAAAAAAGUAUGUGACCGUGACAAGACCAAGCAUCGUGCGCGAGUACAACUCAAAGAUGGGAGGUGUAGACAUGUCAGAUAGAAUGAUGAGCUACUACCGAAUGUCUGUGCGGACGAAGAAGUGGACAAUUCGCAUGCUGAUGCAUUUCAUGGAUCUUGCCCUUGCCAACAGCUGGCUGCUGUAUCGCAGAGAUAACCAGGAAAAUGGCACCCCAAGGAAAUCUAUCAUGAAGUUUCUUGAGUUUCGCAUGGUAGUGGCUCAGGUAUUCCUCAGCAAGUGUGAUGUUCUUCAUGAAGGUGCUCAUGUCACAGAAGAAGAGAAUGAGAACGGACACCUUCCACCACCAGGCAAAAAUCUCGGUCGCUCCAAUCCCCAUAUCUCAGUCCGUUCCAGUGCUGCUCAUCUCCGGAGAUGGUGGCCUUGA